CUAUGGUGCCAGUGCGCAGGCGUCAUCGCUGCGCUUCCGGGCGCCGUUCAAGGUGAGCCGGGGGCUCCGAGGAUCUCCUCGAAGUCCCUAUUCCUCAAUCCCAUUUCCCGAAUCGAACCAUCCCCCGCACUCGCAACCUAGCGUGCUAAGUACCGGAGUCAGGGUGCCCAGGAGAUGGCCAGGUAGCCACCAGAGGAGGCAGAGCUGUCCGGACGUGUGGGUCCCGGCGAGGCCCUUCCGGCUCUAGACCCCGCGCUUCUGCUUUGCUGCGCGGGGUAGGUCGUGACUCUGGUCUUCUGGCGUUCCUCGUUGUCCAGAAGCGGAGCGUGACUCCUCCCCUUGGUCCUCUUGGUCUCCACCAGGCGGCGCAGUCAGUCCGCCCCAGGUUCCCCUGCGCUGCGAGCCCUGGCCACCCCAGGGGUGUUGAGAUUGGCAAGGAGAGAGGCGGAGAAAUGAGCUGUCAGAGAGCAGUGUACCACUUGAAAUAAGUUUCCCUCGUGGACUGUGCUUUUCGUCAUUAGAAUUUCCUGGAGUACAUGUGCAAAUCCCUAUGCUCCACCCCCAAAGGUCCUGAUUCAGUAGAUCUGGGGUGGGGCCUGGAAAUCAGCAUUUUAAGCAGCUGCUCCAGGUUGAUGCCCAUAAGCUGCGGACCUCACCUUCAGAAACACCGGAUGCAGAAGAUCUCAGUGCUGUUCUUCCUGGCCUGGGUCGGCUUCCUCUUCUACGCUGGCAUUGCCCUCUUCACCAGUGGUUUCCUGCUCACCCGUUUGGAGCUCACCAACCAUAGCAGCUGCCAAGAACCCCCAGGCCCUGGGUCCCUGCCAUGGGGAAGCCAAGGGAAGCCCGGGGCCUGCUGGAUGGCUUCUCGAUUCUCUCGUGUUGUGUUGGUGCUGAUAGAUGCUCUGCGAUUUGACUUUGCCCAGCCCCAGCGCUCACACGGUCCUGGGGAACCUCCUGUCUCUCUGCCCUUCCUGGGGAAACUGGACUCCUUGCAGAGGAUCCUGGAGAUUCAGCCCCACCAUGCCAGGCUCUACCAGUCUAAGGCUGAUCCCCCCACCACCACCAUGCAGCGCCUCAAGGCCCUUACCACUGGCUCACUGCCUACCUUUAUCGAUGCCGGCAGUAACUUUGCCAGCUAUGCCAUAGUGGAAGACAAUCUCAUUAAGCAGUUUGCCAGUGCAGGAAGGCGUGUGAUCUUCAUGGGAGAUGAUACCUGGAAAGAUCUUUUUCCUGGAGCUUUCUCUCAAGCUUUCUUCUUCCCAUCUUUCAAUGUCAGAGACCUGCACACAGUGGACAAUGGCAUCCUGGAACACCUCUACCCAACCAUGGACAGUAAUGAAUGGGAUAUGCUGAUUGCUCACUUCCUGGGUGUAGAUCACUGUGGCCACAAGCAUGGCCCUCACCACCCUGAAAUGGCCAAGAAACUUAGCCAAAUGGACCAGGUGAUCCAGGGACUUGUGGAGCGUCUGGAGAAUGACACACUGCUGGUGGUGAUUGGGGACCAUGGAAUGACCAUGACUGGGGACCACGGAGGGGAUAGUGAGCUGGAGAUCUCGGCUGCACUUUUUCUGUACAGUCCCAUGGCCCUCUUUCCCAGUGCCCCACCACAGGAGCCAGAGAUAGUUCCUCAAAUCAACCUUGUACCUACGCUGGCCCUGCUGCUGGGCCUGCCCAUUCCAUUUGGGAACAUCGGGGAGGUAAUGGUUGAGCUGUUCUCAGUGGUUGAAGACCCCCAGCCUCACUCCUCUGCUCUGGCCCAAGCCUCAGCUCUCCAUCUCAAUGCCCAGCAGGUAUCCCGAUUUCUUCACACAUACUCAGCUGCUGCUCAGAACCUUCAAGUCAAGGAGCUUCAUCAGCUUCAGAACCUCUUCUCCAAGGCCUCUGCUGACUACCAGCGGCUUCUGCAGAGUCCCCAGGGGGCUGAGGCAGCACUACAGACUGUGAUUACUGAGCUGCAGCAGUUCCUGCGGGGAGUUCGGGCCAUGUGCAUUGAGUCUUGGGCUCGUUUCUCUUUGGUUCGCAUGGCAGGGGGUGCUGCUCUCAUGGCUGCUGCCUGCUUUCUUUGCUUGCUGGUAUCCCAAUGGGUAACAUCCCCAGGCUUCUACUUCCGCCCCCUCCUCCUAACACCCGUGGCCUAUGGUCUGGCUGGUGCCAUAGUGUGUGCUGGACUCCUGACAACUAUUGGGCUGAAGCUGGAUCCAGUGGUCCUAGGGGCCAUGGCUGCAGUGGUCUCGCUCCUGACGUUCCUAUGGAAAGCCUGGGCUGUCUGGGGGGCCAAGAGACCCGUGACAGCUCUGCUUCCCACUCCUGGGCCUGUUCUGUUAUUCCUGCUCAUUCGUUUUGCUGCUUUCUUCUCUGAUAGUUUUGUUGUAGCUGAGGCCAGGGCUACCCCCUUCCUCUUAGGCUCAUUCAUCUUGCUCCUGGUUGCCCAGCUUCACUGGGAGGGCAAGCUGCUGCCACCUAAGCUUCUCACAAUACCCCGCUUUUGCCUUUCAGCCUCAACAGGCCCACCACGGCACAAUGGCACACAUGCCCUGGGACUUGGAGUUGGGUUGCUUUUAUGUAUAAGGCUAGCUGGGCUUUUUCAUCGUUGCCCUGAAGAGACACCUGCUUGCCAUUCCUCUCCCUGGCUGAGUCCCUUGGCAUCCAUGGUGGGUGGUCGAGCCAAGAAUUUGUGGUAUGGAGCUUGUGUGGGGGCUUUGGUAACCCUGUUAGCUGCUGUGCGCCUGUGGCUUCGCCGCUAUAGUAACCUCAAGAGCCCUGAGCCCUCUGUGCUUUUUGUGCGCUGGGGGCUGCCCCUAAUGGUUCUAGGCACUGCUGCUUACUGGGCAUUGGCAUCAGGGGCAGAUGAAGUACCCCCACGUCUCCGGGCCCUGGUUGCUGGAGCAUCAGUUGUGCUGCCCAGGGCCGUGGCAGGGUUGGCUGCUUCAGGGCUCAUGCUGCUACUCUGGAGGCCUGUGACAGUGCUAGUGAAGGCUACGACGGGUGCUUCAAGGACCAGGACUGUCCUCACUCCAUUCUCAGGCCCCCCAACUUCUCGUGCUGACCUGGAUUAUGUAGUUCCUCAAAUCUACCGACAUAUGCAGGAGGAGUUCCGGGGUCGUCUAGAGAGGACCAAAUCCCAAGGCCCUCUGACUGUGGCCGCUUAUCAGUUGGGAAGUGUCUACUCAGCUGCAAUGGUCACGGCUCUCACCCUCUUGGCCUUCCCACUUCUGCUUUUGCAUGCAGAGCGCAUCAGCCUUGUGUUCCUGCUUCUGUUUCUGCAGAGCUUCCUUCUCCUGCAUCUGCUUGCUGCUGGGAUACCCAUCACCACCCCUGGUCCUUUUACUGUGCCGUGGCAGGCAGUUUCUGCCUGGGCCCUCAUGGCCACCCAGACAUUCUACUCCACAGGCCACCAGCCUGUCUUUCCAGCCAUUCAUUGGCACGCUGCCUUCGUGGGAUUCCCAGAGGGUCAUGGCUCUUCCACCUGGCUGCCUGCUCUGCUGGUGGGAGCCAACACCUUUGCCUCCCAUCUCCUCUUUGCAGUAGGUUGCCCAUUGCUUCUGCUCUGGCCCUUUCUGUGUGAGAGUCAAGGAUCCCGGAAGAGGUGGCAGCCCCUAGGGAAUGAAGCUGAAGCCAGAGUCAGGUCUGAGGAGGAGGAGCCACUGAUGGAGAUGCGGCUCCGGGAUGCACCUCAUCACUUUAAUGCAGCACUGCUGCAGCUGGGCCUCAAGUACCUCUUUGUUCUUGGUAUUCAGAUUCUGGCCUGUGCCUUGGCAGCCUCCAUCCUCCGCAGGCAUCUCAUGGUCUGGAAGGUGUUUGCUCCCAAGUUCAUUUUUGAGGCUGUGGGCUUCAUUGUGAGCAGCGUGGGACUUUUCCUGGGCAUAGCUUUGGUGAUGCGAGUGGAUGGUGCUGUGAGCUCCUGGUUCAGGCAGCUUGUUCUGGCCCAGCAGAGGUAGCCUAGGCUGCGAGUGCUGGCUUGUGGCCACAGAGAGAGCUGAAGAACAAUCUAGCCUGGCCUAUACAGGUGCUGGAUCAUCUGCAAGAGAGGCUUAGCCGCACUUCUUACCACCAUACAGCCAGGAGCUACUGACAUCUGGGACUUUAUUAUUUUAUACUUCAAAAUCAUAGUGGGGCAUGGUCCCUAACUCCUGCUUUGGAUGCAUCUAAGGAACUUGAAGGUGGUCUCCAAAGUAGAAUAAAAUAAUAAUGUAAAUAUGUGUAUCUGAGGUGGGGAGCCCCCACUGUCCUACAGAGACUAGGAGGAGGAUCAUGGUCCCCUCCCAUGAGGGGGACAGAUCUUGUGCAGACCUGGCUACACCUAAAAACUUUAGGGAAGUGGUUAAAGUUGUCUGAAUUCACUUCUCCUACCUCUUCCCAAAUCACCCUUGUUAUCCCACCUGCCUUUUUUUUUUUUUUUUUUUUUUUGCCAUGUAACAUAUUUUAUUAAAUUCUUAUGCUCUGGUUAAUAGCAGAGACAGCUGGAAAGACAAGCACAGGCAACAUGGAGUACACAGACCCACUGUCUAAAGCCCCAAAGUGUUGUAUUCCCUCCUCUGUUGUGUUCUUUCAUGCUAGAACACUCUUUGCCCUUCACUUCUGUGAGGGCCAGGAGGCCACCCUAGCUUUCCAACCUUUGCUGCCAUUUAUCAGACCUAAUUGCCCAUCUUACUUAGCAUUCCAUCUUGUCCCAUUGAUUAUUCCUGACUUGAAGCCAAAACUGUGUAAAUUUAAUGCGUGUCUCUUAUGCUCUCCAUCCACCUCACUGCUGUGUAAGAUUAAAGUGCAGGUGUGAAAUUCUCAUGGAAAUUUCCAUCAAAGGAGGGGGAGGAGAAGACCCGUGAGGAGAAAGGUCAGGACUGGGAUUUGAUGUUUGAUAAUGCCCAGGACAGGAGAUGAAACAACUGAAAGAACAGAUGUCAGAUCAUGGAACAGCACUUUCACUUGGUAGAAAGAAGAAAAACUAAGUAGCAGUGAUGGUGAAGUAAAGGUGUUCACCACUGUGGCAGCUAAAGGAAGAGUUGGAGUUAUUAGUGGCUAAUAGUCUCUAGUGCUACAGAGGUCAAACAGAAAGAUAAGCUCAUACUGUUUCAGGCAGUUAGAGGAUAGGACAUUGGUAACCCUGGCAGGAAUAGAUUUAAUAAUGUAAGAGAAGAAGUUAGGUCCCAGCUAAAACUGUAAGAUGAAUUUUAAAAGUUCCCUUCCCCUUCCUUAAUUUGGGGGACACUAUUCCUAAGCAUCAUUUAAUGAGCAGACAGUGCCUCUGUGAUAAGAAAAGACCCCUUCCCUCCCCUAGCACCCAUGAGAAAGAUUUCAGAGCCCAGUCACUCACCUUGUCCUAGCCAGAUUCUCCCCAAACCCAUUCCUUUUUUGCAGAAAGUCUCAUUCCCUGGAGCCUAAGGAAAAUCAGUUCUGCCAACCAUUGGGUAUUUCUUCUCUGAUCUAACUACAAGGUCCUUUUAGAGAAAGAUCUAUUAAAAAUUCCUGGGGGUGCCUGGGUGGCUCAGUCAGUUAGAGUCUGACCUCAGCUCAAGUCAUGAU